GCUAUCACGCCACAGACACCAACCUGCUAGUUAGAGGACGAGGAAAGUGUAGUGUUUUCGUGAAUUUGAUGUAGAAAUGUGCAGAUAUUCAGCAAUUGGCGGUUUGCGACUUUUGCCUUUUACGCUGCAUAUCCACGGCGGGCUCUUUUCGACCUGAACACGCUCGGUAAAACCGCCUCAUUGGGUCUCUGUUUACACAUUAGCCGAAGGUAACGCUAGCUAGCACACGUUCCGCAUUGACUGCUUGUUUACAACCUGAUUCCCUAUAAAUGACUGUAGAUAUUUUCUAAAUAUGUAAGCUGUGCAAACUGGCGUUUUACAAAACAUUGUACAUGUCAUCACUGUGUGUAGCAGCUGAGACAUAUCUUUGAAAAGUCGUAUUUAACCACCAGUAUUUUAAAAGCUAAUGGCUGUGAUAAGGUGUAGAGAUGGCGUAGCUGUUUAACAUGGCAGCAGCUCAGGGCAGAGGAGUGUGCAGUGGUAGCCACUUUGUUCCCCAGCUGCACCUGGAGGCCAGACGGAGAAGAAAACCGAGCGAGUCGACCGCUGACAUAAAGACACAGUCGGUGAAACUCAGGACAAUGGAGUCUGCCAGGAGCGCUUUCCAUGCUCAGCUGGCCACCGUCAUGGACUCACUGCUGGCAGCCGCUGUGUGCGAGAUCGCCAAGAUCUUCGAGAGCAGCCUGUGUGAGCAGCAGGCGGAGCUGGUGCAGAAGACAGAGGAGGUUCACCUCCUCCGUAACAAGCUCGAGAGGAGGCAGAAGACGAAGAGCGGGUGCAGCGAGGAUGGAGAGGUGCCACCAGGAGAGCGAGAUGGCAGUUUGAUACUGACAGGAUCAGUAGUGAAUGUUGGAAAUGAUGCAGCUUCUCACCAAGACCCAAUAGAAGGGCUCAGUCAGAGCCUCAGCGGACUGAAAGAGGAGGUCACAGGCCACGAUGGAGCUUCAGUAAAACAUGAGCGUGCUGGAUCACAGCCUACCCCGGGGUCUGUGUCAGUCCAAGCUGAAGAAGGAGCACUUACCGCUGGGGACCAGAGGCAGAUAGAUACCCUGUCUGUCACGCAAGCCAAGGCUAAAAUGUCUCACUGGGUUCAGGACCCUCACAGUGCAGACCAUAGACCCCUUCAGGAUCAAGCCGCCACCCCUUUUCUCUCCAUCUCCCAGAGUGGAUGUUGUUCCCCCAGGUCUGACCCAGGCUUAACUCAACCAGGGGAGUGGUUACCGCGGUUGGAUGCCACCCGAGAAUCUGGUCUGGAGAAUCUGCAGGCAGAUGGCACUAGCUGCUCUGUGCCAGCUAGCAGUAGUGCUGGCACAGACGCACCCUGCUUCAGACCUGGUUUUGGACCUGACGAGGCCAGUAACGAAAGUGGUGAUGGCUCCUUCCCUUUUUUGGACCAGGAGCAUGAGAACCAGAACUCCAAUCAGAAUUCGGGCCAGGGCCGGGGCAUGGGACAGACUGAGGCUCGGGAAGAUCAGCCACAAGCUCCCUCUGGUGAAUCACCAUGGAGACCCAGAGACGACAGGGGUGGGAGGAUGAAUAUCAGUCUCACACGGCGUGUCACAUCCCUGGGUGUCAGAGACCCUCUCAGACCACAGUCAAAUUCACAGUCGCUUACGCUACGACACACCAAUGCCCUCAGUCACCCUCCAGCUCCUGGUGGAGGAAACGUACGACCUUACACCUGCCCGUAUUGUACCAAGUGUUUUACUUACCCCUCCCACCAGCGCAGACACCUUUUGCGCCACACAGGAGUCCGACUGCAUCCCUGUCAGUUUUGUGACAAGAGCUUCCUCACUCCCUCGGAGCUGACGGUGCAUACUCGCACACACACAGGAGAGCGCCCUUUUGGCUGCGCUCAGUGUGGUAAACGCUUUGCCCGCAGCGGGAACUUGAGAGCCCACCAACGGGAUGUUCACAUGGGCAAGAGGCCCUUUGCUUGCACAGAGUGUGGGAAGAGAUUUGCUCACAGAGGGAACCUGAGGGUACACAAUCACAGGGUCCACCAAGGAGAUCCAUACUACAUGGAAGAUCAGCAGGAGCCUGACCUAGUCCCUAAUCCCAUGUGAUUAAUCCCAUAAUCCUAUAAUAAUGAUUUUGCACUUUAAAUUGUUUGGCAAUGUCUAGAAACUUAUUUCAGUUAUCUCCAUCUGCACAGCUGAAAACUAUUCCAAAGUAUUUAGUUUUCUUUGUCGUUUUUAUUUCAUGUAUGACAACCAUUUCAUAUACCUACAUCACUUUUUUUUUUAUUGAGGAAAGAUGAGAUAAAAGUGAACGUUAUUUGUGUCUUUUAAUUAUGCUUUUGUGUCAAAAUGAAUGGUGACUCGAAAAGAGUGAACUUUGUAUUUAAUUGUAUUAAUGACUUGAUAUUUUCAGCAGUUGUAAAAACUUCUUUCAGUUUAGUUUGUCAUUUCAUUACUGAAAUAACGUAACAUCAAAUUAGUUUUUUCUUUAAGUUGAUAAAGGAGUUCUAAUUAUUAGAUUAGAUGUGGCAGGCAGACGCAGCAAAAUUGUGCUUUUCUACUCCCCAACUCCUCCAGUUAAUUUAUACUGUGCUCUUAAGAUAGAAAUGUGAUUGCGAAAGGUAUAUAACUGUGUUGUUAAAGGUGCUUUUAUAUUCAUCUCGUUUUUGCCAAAUAAUAUACUUGUACACUCUAUUUCUUGUAUUUUCAGCUUGAAACUAAGACAUGUUGACUCACUAACUCUACAGUAACCUUUGCUUGUCGGACACUAGGGGGCAGAGUGAUCAUGCAAGAGAUUUGUAGAAAUCAUUUUGGGGAUGUCGUUAGAAAUUUAUUAUUGAUCAAAAGCAUUUCUUUCUAUACCAUGUGCCCUAUAUUUUCAUAUGAUUUUUUAAAAAAAAAUUUUUUUUUUAAGUAAAUGCACCAAUAUCAUCUUGCAUCACUCUUGUACUUAUUUAUUAAACCAUAAUUUAACCAGGAAGGUUAAAGGAGACAAACAUAUACCUGGCUGACAUGACAAAGUUACAAAACAACAGAAUGCAUUCUGAAGUCCAGUUUAUGCUUUUUACUCGUGUGUAUACUCAAUCUAGUCACUUUGAACCUCCAAAAUACAAGUUUCUGAGGAUCUCGUAAAACAAUAUUCAUUUGUACAUUUGAACUGCAUAUAAAGCUGGUCUCUCUCUCCUCCACGUCAGUCCUUAAACAUCCCUGUCUAAUGUGAUUUCAUUGUGGAAGCUUCAAAAGAACAUCAGGGGAAAUUAAAAAAGAAAGACAAGACACUGUCUUUUUGUCUCCCACCCCUUACAAUGAAAACACAUUAGGGAGGAAUGUUCCGUAGCAGGAUUCUGUUCUUGACCAUCUACACACACACACGCACAGUCUCAGCUGCUGAGUGAGGCUGGACUAUGCUGUUUGUGCCUAUUCCCCAGGCUGCUGACACCUUGGUUUGCUCAUAGAGAUUACAUCACCUGACCGCUGCCACUGACCUCGUUCCCCCCCCCCCAGGUGUUCAUUUCAUAGUUAUGAAAAUGAAAGUUGUAAGAGUGUAUGACACUGGCUGUAAUGGAUUUGUAAUGUGUGACAUACUGGGGCAAAGUGUGUGUGUUUGAAGGACUGAACUACUGACCAAGAAAAGAUCGUUUCAGGUGAACGUACCAUGCAAGUGUGGUAUUUAUGGGAGAUGAUAGCAUCAAACCAAAUCUGUAGGCAGAUUUGAGUCUAAAAAUAACUGUGUGUGUGUGUGUGUGUGUGUGUGUUUCAUAAGCGCAGCUCACAUUGCUGUUGUUUUUCCGUUUGUGUAUUUGGUUAUGUGUUGUCUCCUUUAUGCCCUAAGCAGCUUUGCCCCAUGCAGAUAAGCCUACAAAUGAACAGCUGACCCGGCUGGAGGGAUUACACCCUGCUCUGACAUAAUGUGAGAAGAGCGUUGCCCAAAGGUAGGGUGUAGAUAUUUCCUGAGUGCACCUGCUCAAAACAGCCAUAAUCCAGUGGUUUUACCAACAGUUUUGUCUUAAGCACUGAUUGAAGUCCUAAACGCUCCGUGGGACACUCUUGUAUAAAUCUUUUUAUAUGCAGACCCCGUUUUUAAAGAAGACAAAUGAUUGUAAAUCAUGAGCAAAAUGUUAUUUUGAACAGAUAAACGAGCCAUUUCCAAAAGACGUAGUUAGUGAAUCAUGUAUUCUUUUUAAGCAUGCGCUAUUUAUUAUGUGACGGCUCUAAAGAUUUGAUAUUGUUAAGUUUUAUCCUUGGUCCAAUGUUGAUCACCAGCAGGGAUCAGGGUGUAAUGUGCUCUUUGCCUUUUUAAUAUCACCAUUUUUCUCUCCCACCCUCCUGCCCCCGAGGCUGCUGCUUUAAUGAAAUAAAUUGUCUUAAAUAAAUAAAUAAGUUCACACGCCCCUUGCCUCCUGCUGCCUCCUUGCCCCAGGCCCAUGGAGUCAUUCCAUCACCCUCCUGUAGUCCCCCAUGAGUUAAAUUGUCCCCUUGAGUUUCUACACCCUCCCAUCCCAACAUGUACUGUAUUUACCCCCACUGAGGAAUGUGUGCAUUUAUUUUUUGCACCGACACCUUUCCAACAUUACAUUUACUUUUUCAUGCAUGUCAUGGCUGUAAUGGGCACACUUAUCAUUCUCCGUGCGUGUGUGUGUGUGUGGUUGUAAGGAGUUUAGCAUGGCUCUAAGGGUUGUUCUAAUCUACCUAGUCCCACUGUUCCCCCGAGGCUGCACUUUCACGAGGGUUGCCAUUACUGUAGUGAAACCCCUCUUUUGGAUAUUACAGUGCUCUUUGCUGCUGAAGGCAGUGAGUUGAUCCAUCGUCUGCUGACUGUAUUUAAACACUCACUUAAUGUGCUAAUAGCGUUGGACUGGGGAGACGCUGCGGAGCUUUUAAUUUGAAUUCCUAAAAGCUCUUUGUGUGUGUGGAAAAGGCAGGUUUUUUUCACGGCGGCAACGCUGAAAUCCAUUGGUAAUCUGCCACAAUCUCAAAAUAUAAACAGAGGUUGUGGACGUGGAUAUGAUGUGAUUUCAUUACAGAUGCUGAUUGGAUUAUUUCACUAUCAGCUGUCGUCUGUCAUGCCAACAGUUGACUGCAGGGACAAACAGUCAGACCCUGGACCUGCUGUGCACACGUUUAUAUGCGUGUGUGUGUGGCUCUGAGGAACAGUUACUCGGUUGACUCUCCACCAGUCAGUGGCAUUGGCUGCUUCUCUUCACAUUUUGGGGGUCACAGAGCAUGAUGGCAGGCUGGAGUGGGCGUAGAUUAUCGUCCUCCUUCAGAGUUCCUGGGUUUUCCGUCUGUGUGUGUGUGUGCAUGAAUGAGAAUGUGUUCUCCAUAGGCUGGUCCUAGGUUGCUAAGCAACCCAGUGUCUGUGCAAUGGAGUGGGGGUGGAAAAGGAGAGAAGCACCAGGUCAGCAGAGACAGACACUCACAAGCAUUGCCACGUCUGAUUGGACACACCGGUGCUCCUGAUGAAUGAUGCUGAUCAUUAUCGUGUGUAAAGACUGGCUACAAGCCUGAACAGUGUUGGAGUGUGAAGUCCACUCACCUCCCUCUACAGAGAUUCUGGCUUUCUCUCAAACUACUACGUGUAUGAAAUAAGACAAAAAAAAGAUCAAAUAAAUAAAUGUGAUGAUGA